CUUUGAGUUUGUGCUUCUGGACAUCUUCACACAGCACUCUACUCAAUCUACUUUCGAUCGCACGUGGUCGCCAUAACUACAGAGGCAGCAGCAACAAUGGCGACAGGAGACGAGCGUGGUGCUGCUGAAGUAUUGCGAGCACUAGCCCGACAUAUGAACUGUCUCAACGAAGACAGCAAGAGUACCAGGAAACGAGCGCUGGAAUCCAUCAGACGAGAAACAUUUGAGAAAGGUUUGUCAAGCGGUGUGCUCCAGGAAGUGUUCACGUGCAUUCUGAAAUCGCUCUUGAAAUGCCUGUCAGAUCCCAUGGAAAGAUGCCGAGAGACCGCCGUUCAAAUGAUUGGGGACUUUAUUCGAAAUGUACCCCAGCCCGAGGACUGUUUGCCCUAUCUGAUGCCCGCGUUCACCCAUCGGCUGGGUGGUAAGGAGAUCCUGGAGCCAGCGGAGGAACUGCGGCUUUCGAUGAUGGAGGUUCUUACCCUGACUGUGGAGGUGUGCGGCAGCCGCCUAGCUCCAUACCUUGAUGACAUGGUGAAGAUACUACAGAGGACGAUCGUAGACCCUUUCCCAGAGGUCAAGAAGGAGAGUUGUAAAUGCACUGUGGAUUUCGCCAGGAGUAUACCAGCGCACUUUCACAUGCAAGCGGAGAGUCUGGUCAAACCGCUGAUGCAGACCAUCUCGCACCAGCACUCCCGCGUGCGCGUGGCUGUCAUCGAGGCCACGGGCGCCGUCAUCCAGUACAGCAGCGGGAAGCACGUGGACGACGUUCUCUCGCACCUGGCCCAGAGGCUGUUCGACGAUUCGCCGCAGGUGAGGAAGUCUGUGACCGUAGUAGUUGGGCACUGGCUGCUGGACCUGCCGGACAGGUACUCCUACUUCCACAAGCUGAUCCCUCUUCUCCUGACCGGCCUCACUGACGAAGUCCCAGAGAUCAGGCUCCAGGCAGAGGACCUGUGGAGGCGGACGGGCGCUCAGUGGGAGAAGGAAAACGAGCAGGACCUGAAGGACAAGCUGGACUUCCUCCUGGAAGUCCCUGCGCUCUACCCCCCAGGAGUGGAGAGGCCUGGCCUGGGCUGCCGGGAGCUGGUGGCCCGGAACCUGUCCAAGCUGCUGCCGGCGGUGAGCCGGGACCUGGGGGACUGGCUGGCGGGCACGCGGGCCAAGACGGCGCAGCUCCUGAGCGUGCUGCUCCUGCACGCCGAGGACCACAGCACCCAGCACCUGCAGCCGCUGCUCGCCGCCGCGUACCGCGCCUGCGCCGACACCGAGCCCGCUGUCGUCCAGAGCUGCCUGCAGUCUGCAGAGCUGCUGGGCCGCUUCGUCAGUCCCGAGGUCUCCCUCAAGCUGCUGCUGGCGCACGUGGAGAACGCCUCUUCGUCCUCCUCUUCCUCGGCCUCGCUCAUGGUGCUGGCGGCCGUGCUCCGGGGGAGCGCCCGCGACGCCCUGCGGCCGCACCUCCCCCGCAUCGGGGGCACCCUCGCCCACCCCGACGUGUGGCAGGAGUCCCAGCAGGUGGCGUACCUGGAGCCGGUGCUGGGCUGCGUUCGGGCCCUACUGAGCGUGUGCGAGGGAGACUGUGAGGUCAUCAGCCUCCAGCUGCUGCAGGUCCUGCUGACGGUGCGGAGCCUGACCACCGAGCCCGAGCUCUGGAGCAAGGUGGAGGAGACGACGAGGGCGCUGUGCUCAGUGCUGGGGCUGGAUGGGGAGGCGGAGCUAUACCGCCAGCACAUGCCUCAGCUGAUUGGUUGGCUGUCCCAAACCCAGCGCGCCUGGACCAACUACUCCAUCCAGAGACUGCAGCUGGAAGUGCUCGUCAUGCAGUCAGGGCCAGUUAUAGGAGAGUUCCUCCCGCUGCUCAUGCCCCUGCUGCAGGACUCUGUGCAGCCCAGUCGAGACCCUGAGAUGAGACUGCAGCUCUUCACCCUGCUGUCCAAACUGCUGCUGGACGCCCCCAACACCCUGGACUCGCAAGGGAAGUUCAGCGAUCACCUGGAGGCGUUUCUGAAGGAGCUGCUGCUGCCUAACCUGGAGUGGCACGCGGGCCGCACCGCCGCCGCCAUCCGCACCGCCGCCCUCACCUGCCUGUUCGCCCUCCUGCAGGGCGGCGCCAUCGCUCCUCCACAGCUGCUGGGCGUGCAGGCUGAGUUAACCCCUCGGGUGCUGGCAGGUCUGGAUGAGGACUCCCAGACGUCCCGGCUGCUGGCCUGCCGCUCGCUGCUCUGCCUGCUGCGGCUCAUCGGCCCCGAGCUGCACCCCGACUGCCUCAACACCAUCUACCCCGAGCUGCUGAAGCGUGUAGAUGACAGCUCUCAGGAGGUGCGCUCUGUGGCUGUCAGUGCUCUGGGCUGCUGGCUCUCCAGUCUGGGGGAGAGCUACGACCGGCAGACCUGCCGCCCACACCUGCACUUCCUGUUCCAGCAGCUCCUGCUGCACAUGGACGACCCCGAGAGGAGCGUGCAGGACCACGUGCUGGACGUCCUGAAGGCCGGAAGCUCCGUGGACCCUGAGCUCCUCCGGCAGGAAGUGGAGGCCGCGAGGGACAAACAGCGCAGUCCGUUCCACUGCGACCAGCUGCUGCAUCACCUCAAGUCCCUCCCCCGGGAUUCCGCCUGAUGGCUCUGCAGAAAUCCGUACAGCCGCGCGCACGGAUCCAUGCGGCGACACGGCGCUGAAAACAAAAGCUGUCAGCAAUAUAUGGGGAUGAAAGCGCAGCUGUGAAAAAUGCAUUCAGUAGCGUUGCUUGUCAGUAAUCCUUUGAAUAAUAACAUCGAAGCCUCAGUUUCAAACUGUUCACACAUACGCUUCCAUGAGUGACUUCCGUUUUGCUGGUACACUUUCAAAAAUCGUUUUGUAUAGUUAGAAAUUGGUGCAUAUUUUCCUAUUCUGACUUGGUAUUUAACCUUCGGAACCGGUGCCUUAAAACAUUGACAAUGUGCACCAGCCUUUGUAUACUUGUUUACGAAUAAAUGGGGUUGGUUAAUUGUG